UAUCGUAUACCCUAAGCGGCACAGACGGACCAUUCAGAAGGCAAGGAGUUCUGAGAUCAUCAGCCAAUAGGACUGCGUGUAGGAUUUGGGGAGAUGCGCCAUUUUACUGCGUCCACAGCCAUCCGGCAAGAUGGUCCCCUCGCUUUGUCUCCAUUGACCGGAGUUGUUUCAGUAGUCACGGUUUUUUUCCCCCUUCUUUCGGUCCCAUCCCAAAACGGAAAAUCGAACUGAAUCGCGUUGACCGCGCUGCAGUUAAUACGUGACUCUCAAUCAAGAAAUGACGGCUAAGGAAAGGAGGUAAAAUGAGUAUGGCUUCUUCUGAAUCAAACAUAGACCAAAUGGCAGAAAUUGCAGAGGAGCCUGGCAGCUCAACAGAAACCAUGAAGGCCUCUCCUUCUCAUCCCAAGAGGAAGCCUGCUGCCUCAUCUGAGCAGACUGCAUUGGAUGAGUCAAACACCUCAGAGGAGAGUGAAAAUGAAGACGCCACUUCUGACAAUCCUUCAGAGAGCUACCCAGACAGCUCGUCAAAAGGCACACUGAUAAUGAGGCCAGUUGGGAAUCAAAAUAAAGGCGCUAUGAAGCUCAGAGUGGAUUUCAAACAAAAACACACAGAUGAUGCCCUACAGAAAAAGGUUAACUGCACUGCCUGUGGACAACAAGUAAACCAGUUUCAGCGCAACUCUGUCUGUCAGCAUCCCAUACUGAAAGUACUCAUUUGCAAGUCAUGCUACAAGUAUUACACAAGUGAUGACAUAAGCAGAGACUCUGAUGGAAUGGAUGAGCAGUGCAGGUGGUGUGCUGAAGGCGGCAAGCUCAUUUGCUGUGACUACUGUAACAAUGCCUUCUGUAAGAAGUGCAUCCUUCGCAACCUGGGCAGGAAGGAGUUGUCAGUCAUCACGGAUGAGAACUCAAAAUGGCACUGCUAUGUCUGCAGUUCAGAGCCCCUCCAGGACCUGACCUCCAAAUGCCACCGUAUCCUCGAGAAACUGGACCAAGUGUGGCGCAAGCAACGAAAAACAGAUAAAAACCAGGAGCAUACUGUCAAGCUACACAAAGACAAGGAAGGGCACAAAGCUGUUGUCAAUGGAAAGGAGCACUCAGAGGGCUCAGGGACUGUGACGUUUUCAUACAAAAAGCUGCAGCUACCCAAAGAACUAGUAAAGAAAGCAAAAAAACUUGUUGAAACUACAACUGGACUGAAUAAUACCUUCAUCCAGUUUAUCCAGCAGGCCACAGAAGAACAAGGAGAUAAUUCCAUCAGGUAUCGACACUUAAAGGCCUUUAAAGCUGUACUUGCCGAUUUGAAAAAGGCUCACAGUGCCUUGGAAGAGGCUUUGGAGCCUGAGUUCAAAAACAUGGAGUUGCAGAAUGGUGAUGAAGGGCUUCAUAUUCAUAAAAAAAGCACUACUGCAUUUGCCUCUGCAGCUGAUGACCACUUGGACAAUAUGGUUGAUGUAGCUGAGGGGGCCAGUGUAACUGAGGAAGCUGGUGUAGAUGAGGAGCCUGAUAUGGACAAUGAUAGAAAUUCAGAUGAUGCUGAAAUGAAAGAAAGCCAAACUGAAACUAAUACAGUCAAAAUAAUAGUCAAAUCAGAAGAAUGUGAUGGUGGGCCAGUGUCAGCUGGUGAAAUGUCUCUAGAUCAUGACAUAGUGUCCAUUCCUCCCUCUGUUCCAGAGGAGCUCUUUCAAAUGGUAGAAAGUCUCGCUGAUUCCUCCAUGCUCUCUCUUGCCGAAACUGACACUGUCUCAGACUCAGACACAAAGUCAAAUGAGAAGUCAUUAGACUCUCAACAAUCUCAACCCAAGGUGAAGAACCUUAUUGUGAAACUCACUCCUGUGCCGGUGGUGACGACGCGGGGGUCUACGUCCUCCAGGUCUAAAGAUAUCAAAGAAUGUGCAGAGGGCAAAGAAGAAGAAUGUGAUGAGGUAGAAGAUGCUCCUGGCGUAGUGGAUGGAAUCACAGGUGACAGCCUGCCACACAGCCGUCGCUCUAGCAGAGUGAAGACCACUCCUCUGAGGAAGCAAGCAGAUCAUAACAAGGGCCAGGGGGACUCUUCACAGUCUGAAUCUGAGGCAGAUUGUCAAAAGAAGGCUAAGUCUUCCAAGAAGACCAAAAGCAUCAAGAAGGAGAUUGGGAAGCGGACUGAGGCUUGUUCAUCAGGAGUCAAGAGAGUGGACUCCGACUCGGAUGAAGUCCCUAACAUACUGUUGCAGCAAGCAGCUGAUGAGUGCAGCUCAGAUGAGGAUCAGCAGGGAAAGAGUGUCAAAAAGUGCUUAUUCAAGCUGAAUAAUACAUCCUCCCAGGACAGGGAGAAGCCAGCCAAGCGCAAACGACGUUCCGAUACCUCUGAUUCAGACUUUGAGAGUAAAGGCAACAAUACCACUGCAGCGUCAGGGAAGGCCUCAAAGAAGGCUACUAAGAAGAAGAAACACAGUGGGUCAGACUCAUCAGACUCUGACUUAGCGAAGGAGUUGAAGAGGCAGAGCAAACUGGGAAAGAGGAGGUCCAGUCGGGUGAAGAAAAAGGACGAAGCAGAGGAGGUCAAAUCUUCUCCUGAUAUGAAGACAGGGGAGCGUAAGAGGUCUUAUGAGAAGAAGCACAAGGCAAGGAAAACAAGACGAGGCUCCAAGCAGACGUCAUCAUUGUCCUGUGAAGAUGAGGAAGAGGAGAGGGAAGGUGAUGGUGACUCUGGAGAGGACAGUGACCAGCAAAAGAUAAAACCCAUUGUGGAGGACAAUGUGGCAGCAGGAUGUGGAACUUUCCAUCAGUCCUCAGGAGAUGAAGUUGAUGGUAAAGACGAAGACUCUCAAGCCUGCGAAGAUGAUGACGAUGCUGAAAAUAGAAUUGCAAAGAAAAUGCUUUUGGCCCAAAUAAAGUCCAACUACUCCUCUGGAGCAGAUAGUUCCUCUGAUAAUGAAGAUGCAGAUAAGGAAGAUGAGUUGUCUCCCAUGAAGGUGAAAGACGAGGCAGAUAAAGGAGAAGAGGAAGAUAAUGAGGAGGAAUCAGAAGAUUCUGGCUCCGAUAUAGAAGUGAAGAAGGGAGGCCGACGCCACCACUUGCUUCGCCAUAAACUCUCCUUGAGCGAGGGGGAAACAGGAGACGAAAAACCUGCCAGUAAAGCCGAGAAGAGCAAGGCAACAAAGAAACGGGCUAGACGGAAAGUCGGUAGUGAUGACUCGGCAGACUCAGAUUUUGAGAAGUCUGAGUCCAGUGACGAGUCUGCGAUGAGUGAAGAGCUUAGCGGAUCAGAGAAAGAGGGGAAACGUCGAAAGACAAGGGCUGCCAAGAAGAAGGAUGAGGAGAAGCAGAGGAGUUACCAGCAGAAGAAGAAAAGACGCAGGAUUAAGGUUCAGGAUUCCUCCUCCAGCAAUGAGAAGAGUGGAAAGGAGGAUGAUGAAGACCAAGAUGAAGACGCCAAGGACACCCCUAAAGGUCGGAAGAAAAUCCGUAAAAUCCUGAAGGAUGACAAGCUGCGGACAGAGACAAGGGAUGCUCUUAAAGAAGAGGAGGAAAGGAGGAAACGUAUUGCAGAGAGAGAAGCACUUAGGAAAAAGCUACGGGAGGUGAUUGUGGUGGAGGAGUCAUCCCAGAUGGUGUGUCCUAUCACCACCAAGCUGGUGCUUGACGAGGACGAAGAGACCAAGGAGCCAAUGGUUCAGGUGCACAGGAACCUGGUCACCAAGCUCAAACCUCACCAGGUGGACGGGGUGCAGUUUAUGUGGGACUGCUGCUGUGAGUCUGUGAGAAAGACAGAAAAAUCUGGUGGCUCUGGCUGCAUUCUGGCCCACUGUAUGGGACUCGGGAAAACCCUUCAGGUGGUGACAUUCCUUCACACUUUGUUGCUCUGUGAGAAAGUCAACUUCACCACAGCUUUGGUGGUGUGUCCCCUGAACACUGUCCUUAAUUGGCUCAACGAGUUUGAGAAAUGGCAGGAAGGAAUGAAAGAUGACGAGAGCUUAGAGGUGACUGAACUGGCCACUGUGAAGAGGCCUCAGGAGAGAGCAUAUGCACUUCAGCGUUGGCAAGAGGAUGGGGGCGUGAUGAUCAUAGGCUACGAGAUGUACCGCAACCUCACACAGGGCAGGAACAUCAAAAGCAAGAAGCUCAAGGAGAUCUUUCAAAAGACACUGGUAGAUCCAGGUCCAGAUUUUGUUAUCUGUGAUGAGGGUCACAUAUUGAAGAAUGAGUCAUCUGCAGUAUCAAAAGCAAUGAACUCCAUCAAGACCAGGAGGAGGAUCGUCCUUACUGGAACACCUCUUCAGAACAAUCUUAUAGAAUACCACUGCAUGGUGACCUUCAUCAAGGAGAACCUGCUUGGGUCAGUUAAGGAGUUCAGGAACCGCUUCAUAAACCCCAUUCAGAAUGGCCAGUGUGCCGACUCCACACCACAAGACGUACGCGUCAUGAAGAAAAGGGCUCACAUCCUCUAUGAGAUGCUGGCAGGAUGUGUACAGAGGAAAGAUUACACAGCACUCACCAAGUUCCUGCCUCCCAAGUAUGAGUAUGUGCUGUCAGUGAGGGUGACCCCAAUCCAGUGCAAACUGUACAGAUACUACCUGGAACACUUCACAGGUGUGGGGAAUGCCUUGGAGGGGGGCCGGGGCCGCGCAGGGACCAAACUUUUCCAGGAUUUCCAGAUGCUAAGUAGAAUCUGGACCCAUCCCUGGUGCCUUCAGCUGGACUACAUCAGUAAAGAAAAUAAGGGGUAUUUUGAUGAGGACAGCAUGGAAGAGUUCAUUGCCUCAGAGACGGACGAGUCCUCUAUGAGCCUGAGUUCCGAGGACGAGAAGCUGAAAAAGAAGAAGAAGCGAGGGAAGGGGAAAAAGAAGGGAUCGGAUGAAUCUGAUAGCGAUGACCUGGAGGUGAUCAAGGAGUGGAACACCAGUUCCCGGGGUGGGAACCCAGAGGGACGUAAUCGGGCUGACCCCAUAGAAGAGGCACGGCCUUCUGGCUCAAGCCCAGGCAGUCCCUCUGCUGACUGGCACAAAGAGUUUGUUACCGAAGCCGACUCUGAGAUUCUUGAACACUCUGGAAAGAUGGUCCUCCUCUUGGAGAUCCUGCGCAUGGCUGAGGAAGUCGACGAAAAAGUGUUGGUGUUCAGCCAGUCUCUGAUAUCUCUAGACCUGAUCGAGGACUUCCUGGAAUUAGCUGGCAGGGCUAAGGAGGAGGGCAAGCUCUCACCAUACAAAGGUGAGGGAAAGUGGUUCAAGAACAUUGACUACUAUCGCCUGGAUGGCUCCACCAGUGCCACCACCAGGAAGAAAUGGGCAGAAGACUUCAAUGACUCCAGCAACAUGAGGGGUCGCCUCUUCCUCAUCUCAACACGAGCUGGAUCGUUGGGCAUCAACCUGGUGGCUGCCAACAGGGUCAUCAUUUUUGAUGCCUCUUGGAACCCCUCCUAUGACAUUCAGAGUAUCUUCAGAGUCUACCGCUUUGGUCAGCUUAGGACUGUAUUUGUCUACAGAUUCCUGGCCCAGGGCACAAUGGAAGAGAAGAUUUAUGAGCGGCAAGUGACCAAACAGUCCCUGUCAUUCCGGGUCGUGGACCAGCAGCAGAUUGAGAGGCAUUUUACUAUGAACGAGCUGACUGAACUCUACAACUUUGAGCCAGACAUGUUGGAUGACCCCUCAGAGAAGAAAAGCAAGAGGGCCACACCUAUGCUGCCCAAGGAUCCCUUCCUGGCAGAGCUGCUGCACAGCCUCAAGGACCAGAUUGUGUGCUACCAUGAGCAUGACUCCCUGCUAGACCAUAAGGAGGAGGAAGCAUUGAGCGAGGAAGAACGCAAGGCUGCCUGGGCUGAGUAUGAGGCUGAGAAGAAGGGUCUGUCCAUGAGGUCCAACUACCCGGCAGCGUACCCCCAGAUGGACAUGGGCGCCUCCGGCUACUUCCCCUUCAACGUGGCUGCUUUGGCUUCUAUGAGCAACCAGCAGCUGGAGGACCUUAUAAACCAAGGUCGCCAGAAAGUUCUGGAAGCAACAGAUGCAUUGAAGACUUUACCACGGGAGUCACUGGAAGAUAUUAUUGCCAAUGUGUGGAAUGAGAAUCCAGCACUUACUGAGAGCCAGGUCCAGUCUAUGGCUCUUGGGAGACAGGCCACUGUGGAACUGGAGCUCAAGCACCGGGAGGCUGUCUACAGGGAUGUUGUUGGCAAGCAGCAGACGCUGAUGAUGUACGUGCAGAAGGUGGUAGCUAACAGGAAAGUGCGGGAGCAGCAGCUGGCUAUGGCCAACCAGGCCAACUACCUGAAGCAGCUAGCCAUGCAGAACGGAAUGCUGGGAAACACUGGUCUUAGCCAGCUGGACCUGCUGGGGCUCUACCAACAGCUCCAUGGCAUGGCCCCUCACCAAGCCAUGGGCAAGAAUCCAGGGCCCUCCAAAGGCUUGUAGGUCAGGAAGACCUCUCCUCACCCUUCUCCCCAACCCCACCUAACAAACCGGCUGGCUCACAGUGGCCCAGUCCAUGCAUUGCCCUGCUCUUUCUACUGAAUGCACUGUUGAACGGGUGUGAUCCAAACUGCCAUAGUAUUUGAUAUGGUCGAAACAUAGUGUUCACCUCAAUCUGGUUGAAAACGGUGCACCAGGCGGGGGAGUGUGUGGGUUUUGAGAUGAGGCGGCUGUUCACUGGGAUCCCCACUGGGAUGGAAGGAUCUCCCUCACAAGAGACCCCUCGCCCUUCCUUCUCCAGUGCUGUCACCGAGAGGAGGAAGUGCAAAGUAAUGUAUAGACUGUAUGACCUGGGGUUUUUAGCAGUUUCAUCUGAAAUUAUGUAUAUAACGCCUUCAUGUUAUUCGAGUUCUAUUUCUUCAUUUUUCAUGUAUUUAAAAAAAGUCAAAUUGUACCCCCAAUGCUUUUAAGCGUUGCAUUGUUUUUCUCCUUCAAGGAGGGGUUGUUGAUUAUUUAAACCUGGUUCUUUUUUAUACAGUUUUAAAUGCCUAACUAAACCUGAGUGGGACCAGUGUUGUUGGUGAUGAAAUUAGUAUGAUGCAAAGAUAGAUUCCUCCACCAAUGUCAAGCGAACAGACAGCUAUUGGUGCUGCAAAGUCCUGCUCUUUUUAGGAGAUAGAUUAAUUGAUACAACAAGAAGAGGAAAAAAAAAAAUUAUGGCCUUAUAUCCAUUUCCUAAAACGUUCUGUAAAGUUCUGAGAUUUGAGAUAUGUUGAAAAUCUUUUCUAUUAUACUUUUAGGCAUUUACAUUAGUUGUUGCUGAACAUGGUUAAUGGAAUGCUUGUGUUCAAAACUGCCUGCCGGUUCCUACUUUUUGUAACGUCAUUCUCAUUGUCAGGUGUUGUCUAGCAUAGCACUGUGUCCUGUUCAUUGUUUAUGUUCCACUUGUGUUACACCUGAGCCUAGGUAAAAAACUGGGCCUCGUGAAGCAGACUCAAGUUAGCCAGCUACUGAGAGGACCCAAAAGCUGUUGUCUUGCUUGUCUGUCAGUAAAUUUGAAUUUGAAACGCUGGUUUCCUGGUAGGAUUCAAACAGACUGGAAAUCUGGUUGGUUAGCUGGCUGGCUUGUACACAGCGCUUUGUCAAAUGCAGCCUCUUAAGCAAUGUCUCUGCUCUCACCAAGCAGGCCCACAGACUACCUGUAUUCUACUUUGGCACAUCUUUGCUUCUAAAUAAUUAAACUGGUGUAGACUGUUGGCUCCUAGGUUUGCACAAAGUGUAUUUCAUAAAUGUAGAGAAACUCUUUUGCCCUCCUAAGAAUGUUCUUAUGUCAGCAAAUACACCAACUUGAUUUGUCAUUAAUCUAAUCGGCUAUUAUCUUCAUACGUAUUUAAUAUAACAUUUAAUAAAGUGACCAAAAGG